AUGGACGACACAAUACACAAGGCAGUGCUUGACAAGAAGCCUGUCCCAGAGAUCGACUUCACUCUCCACAUCAUGGAAGAUGGCACCCAAGUCAGCACCCAAGAGCGAGUGUGCAAAGAUGUCCAAGCCCCGGCAAUGCAGCCGCCGACCAACGAUCAGUUCUGGAGUCCCACCGACCGAUCGAAGCCGAAUCUCGCGUUCCUCAAGCAACACUUCUGCAGAGAAGGCCGCCUAACCGAAGAGCAAGCCCUUUGGAUCAUCAAUGAAGGUGCCAAGGUGCUCAAGGCCGAGCCCAACCUGCUCGAGAUGGAUGCUCCCAUCACGGUUUGUGGGGAUGUUCAUGGCCAAUACUUCGAUCUCAUGAAACUUUUUGAAGUUGGAGGUGAUCCAUCUGAAACAAGAUAUCUGUUUCUUGGGGACUAUGUGGACAGAGGGUAUUUUUCUUUAGAGUGUGUGUUGUAUUUGUGGAGUUUGAAAAUCUGGUAUCCGAACAGUCUGUGGCUGCUCCGAGGAAACCACGAGUGCAGACAUCUCACAGAUUACUUCACGUUCAAGCUGGAAUGCAAGCACAAAUACUCGGAGAAGGUUUAUGAAGCUUGCAUGGAUGCAUUCUGUGCACUGCCUCUGGCGGCGGUGAUGAACAAGCAGUUCCUGUGUAUACAUGGAGGAUUGAGUCCUGAGCUGCAUACAUUGGAGGACAUCAAGAGUAUCGAUCGGUUCCGCGAGCCGCCCACGCAUGGGCUCAUGUGCGAUAUUCUCUGGGCGGAUCCUUUGGAAGAGUUUGGACAGGAGAAGACGGGGGAAUACUUUGUGCACAACCAUGUCAGAGGCUGCUCAUACUUCUUUUCGUACCCCGCGGCCUGCAACUUCCUCGAAAAGAACAAUUUGCUGUCGGUGAUUCGAGCACAUGAAGCGCAGGAUGCCGGCUAUCGCAUGUACCGCAAGACUCGAACGACUGGAUUCCCUAGUGUCAUGACCAUUUUCAGCGCACCGAACUACCUGGAUGUCUACAACAACAAAGCAGCCGUGUUGAAGUAUGAGAACAAUGUUAUGAACAUCCGGCAAUUCAAUUGCACGCCGCAUCCUUAUUGGCUGCCCAAUUUCAUGGAUGUGUUUACCUGGUCACUACCGUUUGUGGGGGAAAAGAUCACCGAUAUGCUCAUUGCGAUCCUGAACACAGCGUCCAAGGAAGAACUCGAGGACGACGCUCGGAGCUCCAGCAUCGGCCCAGAAACACCUCCACUGGAAAACGCCGAGACUACCGAAGCCAAACGUCGGGCCAUCAAGAACAAGAUUUUGGCAAUUGGCCGUUUGUCAAGGGUCUUCCAAGUCCUGCGAGAGGAGUCUGAACGUGUCACUGAGCUCAAGACACAAUCGGGGGGUCGGUUGCCGGCAGGCACAUUGAUGCUUGGAGCUGAAGGUAUCAAGCAGGCCAUCCACAACUUUGAAGAUGCGAGAAAGGUUGAUCUGCAGAACGAGAGACUACCGCCGUCGCCGGAAGAAAUUGAGAAAAUCAGUGCCGAAGAUAGGCGUGCGGCACUGGAGCGUGCCGCAGCGGAGGCUGAGAACGAUACGAAUCUGCAAGGCGUGGCUCGGAGAAUCAGCGUGUGA